UUGCUGGGAAAUUGAGAGACUCUGGUCAGGUCCCCAUCCCUCUACCUCUUCUUCCGGCUUUCCUCUUUCUUAUCUACCUUGGGGUCAGCUCCUCCCAGAGGUCUCAGCUCCAGCCCCACCUCUCUCAGGAUAACAGGUGCAGGCAAGGUGACAACCUGGGACCUUCAUUUGUGUUUCUGCGAAGAAGUCGAAAGUCUCUUCCUCCUUCCUGAAGUUGUCACUCAGAGGGCCCCGGAAAGAUGACGCAAACCACAGUGACUGUGAAUGGGGUUGAAAUGAUCUCCGUAGUCCCCCAGUCCACUCAUGUCAACAUCCACAUCCACCAGAAACCAGCUUGGGAGCAGCUGCUGAAAGCCAUGGGCUCCCUGAAAUUUCUCCCCUGUUUUCAGGACACUGGGCCCUCCAAGGCCAGCAUCCACCAUGGGCAGCUGGCGUUAGGGGUGACCCAGAUAUUGCUGGGACUUAUGAGCUGUGUCCUUGGAGUAUUUAUCUACUUAGGACCCUGGACUGAGCUGUGUUCCUCUGACUGUGCCUUUUGGUCAGGGUCUGUGGCAAUUGUAGCCGGAGCUAGCAUCAUUGUUCAUGAGAAGCAACAAGGAAAACUGUCUGGCCACAUAUCACGUCUGCUCAUCCUGGCUUGCAUUGCUACAGCUGUGGCUGCUACUGUUCUGGGUAUGAGCAGCUUAAUCUGGCAAACGAGUGCUUUCUACCAUGUCAAGAUCAGUUCCACGUGUGACUCCUCACAGUCUAGCAUGGGCAGUGGGUACGGGAUAGUGCGAUUCAAUGAUGACUCAGUCUGGAAGACGGAGAGGUGCAAAGAGUACCUGAACAUGAUGAUGAACCUGUUCCUAGCAAUCUGCAUCAUGUUCACCGUUGUCUGUAUCCUGAAGAUUGUCGUGUCUUUGGCUUCCCUGGGACUGAGUCUCCAAAGUAUGUGUGGCCAGAGCUCACAGGCCCUUGAUGAGGAAGAGACAGAGAAAAAGCUUCUUGGGGGGGAUUCAACACCUCCCUCCCCAACCAAAGAGAUUCCUGGUAUCCUAUGAGCUGCUACAAAGACCCUGCCUGAACCCACGCGUGUCCCUGAACAGAGCAAUCCAGAGAGGGCAGCAUCUGUACCCAGGGUCUCUGCUGGCCCUACAGCACCUACCUAGUUCUGAUGUAGCCACCAUCCAGUCCUCUUUCUCUUCCUUUCUCCCCAUUGUCCUCACUCCAAUGUCCUUUAUUCCAUAAACAGAUACUGUGUCAUUUUCCCAAUGCUAACUAAGCAGAAACAACCAGAAAAAACAACUUCUUGAAGAAAGGUGUGGUAUUUUCCUUGAUACAGAUGGUGUGCUGGGAAAGGCUGUUCCUUGAGCUGGUGUGUAUGGAGACAGAAGAGUGACAAUGGAGCAUGGUUGUCUCUGAUGCCACACUCUUCUUCAGGAUUUGCCUCCAUUCUACUAUGUAAAGUGAAUAUAACCCAAGGGUUUAGAAUCUU